UUGUAUUGGAAAUCAGGCCAGCUUCCAGAUGCGUGCAAACAUUUUGAUCCAAACAGUACAGAUAGGGUCAGCUCUUCCUCAUGCUCAGGGUUAGUUACGAGGAUUUGCGUACUAGUUUAGAGCAGUUUGGUGUAUACUACACGGACGAAGAGUUUCGAAGAUUGAUUCCUUAUGCGGAUAAGGAGGGAGAAGGAUGUGUGCCAUUUUUGAGAUUUGCGAAGUGCCUGAGAUGGCCCAGCGGGCUUGAAAAGAUCGUGGCAAAGAGAAAUGGCCAAGAUCAGUGGGAAGGCGUAUACGGCAACUUGGGUCAGGGCUUGCAAGUCCUUUUGGAGGAGACGGGUCGGACUGGCAAAAGGCAAAUGAAAGAGGUGGAGGAUCAGUAUCACCUGGUCAAUGUCAUCACUGGUGAUCCUUUAGUGAAGCAAGGAAGUCCGCUUGUUCCACCAAGAGAAAUGCUGUGUUUGAGUUACUUGGAGCAGCUAUCUGAGGAAGAAAACACUAAACGAGAAAUGACAUUCAAGAGUUUCAUGCCUGCUGAUCCUCCCGGCAUCGCCACAAGGACUCUGCCAAUCCUGAAACCAGCAGUGACGAAGCCAACACCGGAACAGCCACCCAGAGAUGAAAAAUCUCCCGAGGAUCAGACGACUGUAGUGACUUUACCACCGGUUGUCCCCGCUCCAACAAUCGAUGCUGCUGCUGCCGCUGCCGCUGCUCCCAGAAAAUCUGUUACUCUGUCCCCGAAGAAGUCCGUCGUUGCUCCUCCCGCCGAAAUCGUUCCUCCUCAGGCUCCUGGAGCUCCUGAUGCCACUGCUGCUGGUGGUGAAGGAGGAGAACAAAUACCAAAGCCCGAGGAUCCGUUCAAGCUCCCAGUCCUUGCGCGAAAAUCCAUGGCUCCUCCUGGAGGAUUUGACAGCAUGCCGACUUUCGAGACUAUGAAACAAGCCACGAGAACGAAGAGAUUACAUCUUCCAUCGUACUCCAAGCGCCUCAGGCAAGAGCGACGGAACCAAGAAAUCCAGGCCGUCCAAUACCUGGCAUAGAUUAGAUUCUCUUUUUUACUGCGAUCUUUGUACAUUUGCCCGUUAAAUUCCACCAGAG